AUGGCCUCCCGCCGCACAAAACUCAGAUACAAUGGCCCUCUAACCUCCGACAACGAGACCGACACCGCGAACUUCUCCGACGCCGCCCUCCCGCCCCCACCAACCCGUACAAAUGCCGAGCUCAACCUCUCCGUCCUACGACGCCACAACCCGUCCAUAAUCUCAAUUCUCAGCAUCGCGCCCUACGCCGUCGUCUACACCUUCAACCCCAGCUCCAGUGCCUGGGAAAAGUCCGGCGUCGAGGGCACCCUCUUCGUGUGCCAGCUGACUCCCUUGCCCGCCGGCGCAGAGCGGUACAACGUGCUCGUGCUCAACCGGCGCGGGCUCGAGAACUUCGAGAGCGAGCUCGUGCGCAGCGAGGAUGUGGAGAUCACGGAGGAUUACGUGAUACUGCAGGUUAAGGACGAGGAGGGGAAUCCGGAGAUUGUGGGGCUGUGGAUCUUUUCGGAACCGCCGCCGUCGAGCACGGCGAAUAUGCGCGCGCUUACGGCGCAGAUUAUUCAGGAUUGUACGGCUGCGGCGGAGGCGAGUAGGAGGGCGGUGGAGGAGCAGCUGAGGCUGCAGGCUGUGGAGAAUGAGGAGGUGGUGGCGGAUCAGACGGAGCUGGAAGAGAGCGUGCCUAUGGGACGGCAGCUGUCGUUGCACGAACUCUUCGGACAGCAGAGGGAACAGGAUGCGGGAUGGAGCGUGCAUAUGCAUCAUAAGCCAUCGCCGCCGCUUCCGCAAAGCAGGCAGACUCAGUUCACAGUGACGCCGGAUACAGAGUUCUUUCGGAGUGGAAACAGGAUACUGCGGGAGAGACCGCCUCAUGGCCAGGCGUCUAUGGCGCAGGCGCACAGCGGACCCUCGGAGCAGAACGCGCAUGCACAAGCGUUGUUGGGGUUGUUCCAGCGGUAA